CCGUCACCAGUGUUUGUCACCAUCACCAAUGCUUGUCACCGUCACCAAUGCUUGUCACCGCCACCAAUGGUUGUCACCAUCACCGGUGGUUGUCACCAUCACUGGUUGUCACUGUCACCAAUGCUUGUCACCACCACUGGUGGUUGUCACUGUCACUGGUUGUCACCGUCACUGGUGGUUGUCACCGUCGCUGGUUGUCACUGGCACUGGUUGUCACCGUCACCAAUGCUUGUCACCAUCACCGGUGGUUGUCACUGUUGCUGGUUGUCACUGGCACUGGUUGUCACCAUCACCAGUGGUUGUCACUGUCACUGGUGGUUGUCACUGUCACUGGUUGUCACCAUCACUGGUGGUUGUCACCAUCACCAGUGGUUGUCACUGUCACUGGUUGACACCAUCACUGGUGGUUGUCACCAUCACUGGUUGUCACCGUCACCAAUGCUUGUCACCAUCACUGGUGGUUGUCACCGUCACUGGCGGUUGUCACCCUCGCUGGUUGUCACCAUCACCGGUGGUUGUCACUGUCACUGGUUGUCACCAUCACUGGCGGUUGUCACUGUCACUGGUUGUCACUGUCACUGGCGGUUGUCACCCUCAGCGAUGGUUGUCACCAUCACCGGUGGUUGUCACCCUCAGUGGUUGUUACCGUCACUGGUGGUUGUCACCAUCACCCAUGGUUGUCACCCUCACUGGUUGUCACCAUCACCUGUGGUUGUCACCGUCACUGGUGGUUGUCACCAUCACUGGUUGUCACCAUCACUGGUUGUCACCAUCACGUGUGGUUGUCACCAUCACUGGUUGUCACCCUCACCAGUGGUUGUCACCAUCACUGGUGGUUGUCACCAUCACUGGUUGUCACCAUCACCAGUGGUUGUCACCAUCACUGGUUGUUACCGUCACCAAUGGUUGUCACCGUCACCAGUGGUUGUCACCCUCAGUGGUUGUCACCAUCACCAGUGGUUGUCACCGUCACUGGUGGUUGUCACCCUCACUGGUUGUCACCGUCACCAAUGGCUGUCACUUCACUUGUGGUUGUCACCCUCAGUGGCUGUCACCAUCACCAGCUGUUGUCACCGUCACCAGUGGUUGUCACUGUCACUGGUGGUUGUCACCCUCACCAGUGGUUGUCACCCUCACUGGUGGUUGUCACCCUCACUGGUUGUCACCAUCACUGGUGGUUGUCACCAUCACCGGUGGUUGUCACCCUCACUGGUUGUCACCAUCACUGGUUGUCACCGUCACCAGUGGUUGUCACCCUCACCAGUGGUUGUCACCCUCACCAGUGGUUGUCACCAUCACCCAUGGCUCUCACCCUCACUGGUUGUCACCCUCACCAGUGGUUGUCACCAUCACUGGUGGUUGUCACCGUCACUACCAGUCACAAUCCCUGGUGGUUGUCACCAUCACCAAUGCUUGUCACCACCACUGUCAGUUGUCACCGUCCCCAUCGGUUGUCACCGCCGGUGGUUGUCACCAUUCUCAGUGCUUGUCACCGUCACCACCGGUUGUCACCGUCGCUACUGCUCCCCAUUCCUAGGGGUUGUCACCGCUCCUGGUGGUUGUCACCAUCCCAAGUGACCGAUGGUCACCGCUGCCGGUUGUCACCGUCACCACUGGUUGUCACCACCGCUGUCAAUGGUCACCGCCCCCAUCGAUUGUCAC